AUAACCUUUCAACCAUAUGUUUCUCACACAUAUUAUAUUUUAUAUUCUUUGAUUAGUAUUUAUAUUAAAUGAUAAACAAGUCAAGACAAUCACUUCUUACCGUCACCUCAACUUAUGUAUAUGUCUUAUGCAUAUAUACGAAUCAAAGUUCAAGGUUAGCGUAACAGUAGGAGGUGAAUCCAAGAAGAAUAUUCUACAACAAACAAAUCUGCCGACCCUAUAAAUUAACCUUAAUGCACUUGCAUUAAGUUCCUCAAGCUUAACAUGGAUCGUUCACAAACUGAUUCCCAUAAACUCAGUCCACAAGAAGAUGAUCUAAAUGAUUGUCCGGUCGAGCAAGUUCGAUUAACCGUUCCAACAACCGACGAUCCAACACUGCCUUGCUUGACUUUCCGGACAUGGUUUUUAGGGAUCAUAUCAUGUGGUGUUCUUGCCUUCUUGAACCAGUUCUUUGGUUACAGGCAAAACGCGCUAUACGUGUCUUCAGUCAUAGCACAAAUUGUCGUUCUUCCUGUUGGAAAAAUGAUGGCAGCAAGUCUACCCACGAAACGAUUCAGAAUUCUCGGGUGGUCAUUUUCAUUGAACCCUGGGCCUUUCAACAUGAAGGAACAUGUGCUUAUUACCAUAUUAGCUAAUGCUGGAGCGAGUUCGGUUUACGCAGUGGGGAUUAUCACUAUUGUUAAAGCUUUCUACCACACUGACAUUCACCCAAUGGCAGCAAUGUUGCUAGCACAAAGUACUCAGCUUCUUGGAUUUGGAUGGGCUGGUAUUUUCCGAAAGUUUUUAGUUGAUUCUCCGUACAUGUGGUGGCCUGCUAGUCUCGUUCAAGUCUCCUUGUUCAGGGCAUUACACGAGGAAGAGAAGAGGCCAAAGGGUGGUCUAUCAAGGGUGCAGUUCUUCACAAUUGUGCUUAUAUGUAGCUUUGCAUACUAUGUGGUUCCUAAUUAUCUAUUUCAAUCCAUCACCGCGCUCUCGUUCGUAUGCUGGAUAUGGAAGGAUUCCUUCAAAGCUCAGCAAAUCGGUUCAGGUCUUAAAGGCUUCGGUAUAGGAGCUUUCGGUCUUGAUUGGGCCACUGUUGCUGGUUUCCUCGGAAGCCCAUUAGCCACCCCGGGAUUCGCUAUGGUGAAUAUGUUGGUCGGGUACGUGAUAAUCUUUUACAUGGUGGUUCCCUUAUCUUAUUGGAGCAACUGGUAUGAAGCUAGACGAUUUCCCAUGUAUUCUUUCAAGACAUAUCAUGCUGAUGGGACAAAGUACAAUGUUUCAAAGGUUUUGAACCAAUCAACUUUUUCAUUCAAUCAAGAAGGAUAUGAUGAAUAUGGAAAAGUUAACCUUAGCAUAUUGUUUGUACUAGCUUAUGGUCUAAGCUUUGCAACAUUGGCCGCCACCGUAUCUCAUGUGAUUCUCUUCUAUGGAAGCACAAUAUGGGAACAAACAAAGGCAUCAAUCAACACGAAAUUCGGGGACGUACAUACAAGGUUGAUGAAGAAAAACUAUGAGCCUGUUCCAGAAUGGUGGUUUCAUUGUCUUUUAAUACUGGUGAUCGGUCUUGCUUUGCUUACUUGUGAAGGAUUUGGGAGGCAGUUGCAGCUUCCCUAUUGGGGAAUCAUGUUAGCAAUUGCUUUAGCUUCGGUCUUCACUUUGCCCAUUGGUGUUAUUGUUGCUACCACAAACCAGGGUGUGGGACUUAAUGUUAUUACAGAGUUGAUCAUUGGGUAUUUAUACCCAGGCAGACCACUUGCCAAUGUUGUGUUCAAAACCUAUGGUGACAACAGCAUGCGACAAGCCAUACAGUUUCUAAGUGACUUUAAGCUAGGCCAUUAUAUGAAAAUCCCACCGAAGUCCAUGUUCAUUGUUCAGUUGGUAGGAACAAUCAUCGCAUCGACAGUCUACUUCGCUACAUCUUGGUGGCUCCUCACAACAGUCGAAUUCAUAUGUGAUCCUACCAAUCUACCCGCCGGAAGCCCAUGGACAUGCCCCGGAGAUGAUGUUUUCUACAACGCCUCGAUUAUAUGGGGACUGGUGGGACCUCAACGUAUGUUUGGAAACCUCGGGCUAUACUCGAAAAUGAACUACUUCUUUCUUUUUGGAAUUCUUGCACCAGUGCCAUUUUGGUUUCUUUCGCGCAAGUUCCCUGAGUGGAAAUGGGCAAGGCUCGUUAACAUACCGAUCCUUAUAACCUGUCCCGGUCCACCUGCUAAGGCAGUGAACUUUAAUAUGUGGUUCACGGUGGGGAUGUUCUUUAACUUUGUUGUUUACAAGAGGUUCAAGAGUUGGUGGGCACGACAUAAUUAUAUAUUGUCGGCUGGUCUUGACGCUGGUGUUGCGUUCAUGGCUAUCCUUUGCUAUUUGGUGUUACAAAAUAGGAACAUCAAUGGACCAGAAUGGUGGGGGUUAGAGCUAGAUGACCACUGUUCAUUGCCCAAUUGUCCUUCGGUUCCUGGAAUCCAGGUUGAAGGAUGUCCUGUUAUUCAAUGAAACCUCGGUUUAUGUUGUCUUAAAAUUACUAGUUUCUAAACACUAGAUUUGUGUAACACCUAUACACAACGUUUCUUUCUCUUACAUAUAAUGUUAUGAAAUUAAAGAAUGCUUUCUUGUAUAACAACAAUACUGGAAAAUCAAAAUUUAUAAAAUCUA